AUGUCGUCUCAGAGAGCGGCUCUCAUUGUACCCGAUGGAGGUCAGAGGUCAGUUGUGUUUGGGGGGUUUUGCCAGACGGUUCAGACGCACCGGCCGCUCUUCGUGGCUCUUCACUGUCAGGAGGUCGGAGGGAAGAACUACGAGGCGUCUAUGACACACGUGGACAGCUUCAUCAAAGAGCUGCUGUCCAGUGAUGCCUUGAAGGACUUCAGCCGCGCUCGUGUCUACCUCGACAAGAACUACAAAUCCCAGGAGCAGUUCACAGCUCUGGGGUGUUGCUACUUCAUCCACGAAUCCUUGAAAAACAUCCAGCAGUUUGAUUUCAAAGGUACGUGUGUCCCUUUAAUACGGCGUGUCAUCAAUCCCAUCAGAUCCAGCGCGGUCAAGGUUGUUUCAGAAGCUAUAAAACAUGCUAAGAUGGAGAAACCGAUAGGAAACAGUAAUUGUAAAAUGGGUCACAAGAUAAGAAGCGCUACAUCACGACCCCGCGAUGUGGCGCUGGCUCUUGCUGGCUGGACAAUGUGGUUCAACAGCCUUUUUGGAAUGGAGUCGCCGCUACCUCCUCCUCAGUGCGGUCAUUCAGAGUCGUGUUGGGAAAACCGACUUCAGAGCCAUUGUCCGACGGCGCAGUGUCUUCAGCCUACCCCUGCAUCUCAGAGGCUAUGCGCCCGUGGACACAAGUUUGCCCUUCCCGCCCCGAGGGUCACAUUCCAGUGCAAUAAUGGUGGUGGGAAGGCUCGCUUUUCCCAGCAGGCGCCACUAAACCUCUGGGUGGCAAGCCACCAUAAAGUCGAUUCCCUGUCAGAGGUCAUUCCUGAGGCCUCCGGUGGUCCAUUGAGCCGGCCGUCAGUGAGCACAUUCCCUGGAAUGCUAACAUUCUCCCUGGAUUCUCCUCCGGUGCGGGACAAAAGCUGCUUUAGUGCGAUGCAGCGCUUUGUGUGCCUCUGGGGUCUGGUGCUGCACUGGGGAGUCUCCAACAGCGCGGUAUGGAAGGCGGUGUGGAAAGGUUUAAAUGUGGUUUACCUUGUGCUUUUGAUCACGGAUCAGCGCUUCGAGCGGCUGCCGCACUUCAUCUUCGGCGACUUCAACUUCAGGUUGGACUCCAAGCAGGUCAUCGAGUGCGAAGCCCCACGUAACACCCCCUACAUUGAGUGCUACACUGCCCACGCCGGGGCUGAUGGGAGAAGCUGGAACUCCGCGUUGAGUCUGUGCUCAGCAACCGGCCAGCAUGCAGACGGUUCGUCCUCCAGCUGGAAGAAAGAAGUUAUUCAGCAUACAUUCGCUACAUUAAUCAGGACGUUUUCCGGGAAAACAAUGGAACGCUGCUCUUUAGAGUUCGACAGAGAGCUGUCUGUGUUUAAGGAGCGUCUGCAUGAGCUGGACAUCUCGUUUCCUCCGAGCUAUCCGUACAGUGAAGACUCCAGUCAGGGAAAGCAGUACAUGAACACUCGAUGUCCAUCCUGGUGUGACCGCAUCCUCAUGUCCGCCUCGGCCAAAGACCUGCUCGUCAAGCCAGAGAACGAGGAGAAAUCUAUAACGUAUGACAACAUCGGACCCAGCGUGUGUAUGGGGGACCACAAGCCGGUGUACUUGUACUCUCGGUUAAACACAGGAGCAGGUAAACCUCACGCACACAAGCACAAGUGUUGUGUGCUGCAGUGAUCCGGAAAAUGGUGCCAAAGGGUGGAGAAGAUUUCAUGAAAAGCGUCCCUGUGAGAAGCUCUGACACGGGUGGAUGGACACACACACACACACACACACACACACACACACACACACAGAGGACCCUGUAAAGACUUUUCAGCAGGACUGACCAGUCGCAUUUGUCCAGUGCAUGCAAUCACGUCCAUAGAAACGACACACUGAGUUCAUGAAUGCUUCACGAGUCGAGAUCAUGAACACACACACACACACACAUA